AUGUUGGACUUUAUAAGUAACCUGGCUGUACUGAUCUCAGUCGAAACGGGAAAUUACCGUAGAGGUGGUGGUGAGAAGAAGUGAUUUCUUAUUCCUUCACUUCACUUUCCGGGCAUCUCCUGCUUAAAAAGUGCGCGCGCCUUCGGCUAUUCAUUUGGCACGCGAAGUUCCUCGCUGAGUGUCAUCGCACGAGGAGGAUUCGUACCUGGAUAGACUCGAUUCAAAGACGCCUGGUGGAGAAAUCUUCUUGACUCCAGUUUCACUAUAGUAGGAAGACAGAAAGUGAGUAAAAAUACGGUGCGGUGCAUGCUUUUCGAUUUUAUGUGUCGGUUCCCCAGAUUUGUCAUGGAGAGAGUGAGACAUGUUUGAACAGUGAUAAAAACGAAGAGAAAUACUGUAGGCUACCUAUAAGCUAAUAAUAAUUCGAUAAAUAAGUAUAUAACAAAUAACAUUUGAUAAUUGGAAAUGAAUUAAAUUCCUUAAAAAAUGCUGUUAGUUAUAUAUGUAGGGAUUGCUUUGGAUGAAUAUAAAACUACAUUUUGUCAGAUUAAUUGGAUUUUGACCCAGUAAGAUCUCAUAAACGAUUUCAAUAAUUGCCUUAUUUGUGCAUUUAUCUUAUAACAUCUGAAAAGAGGACCGAAAAUAAAACAGUGUCCUCCAUGUAGAAAAUACCAGUUGUUUUAAAUGAGAGGGGUCAGUGUCAAACCUCAAGGACUUUAGAUUUUUAGGGUGGAUAAUUAUAUUCAUUGGAUGGGAUAAUUAAAAAAAAGCUCAACCAAUAGAAACACUAUAUGAAUGUAUUUUUGUUCUUCAUCUUUCCACAGACUUUGUGAGUCCCAGAAUAGAGGGAUAUACCUUGGAUCACAAAAUAAAGAUAUUAUUGCUUCCUCUCCCCGGCACCCUCCAAUUAGACUAGGACACCCUAUAAUACCACUACCACCCUAUAAACACAGAGGACUAAAAUGAUUAUGACAGGAAGGGAACUCUGAAUACAUCGACUUUAUUUUUUCCUUCUCUUCCCAUCUUUUCCCUCUCAGUCAUGACACAUUUAGUUCAGAGACACCUCUAUUAGGUGAGAUUCUGUCCUUCUUAGGGGGACAUUAAGGAAAGCAGAAGUGUUCUAUUGAAGAAGAGACUGUGAAUUACUCUUUAUUAAACAAACCACAAUUGCCAACUACAGUACAUAAUUAGCUGAAUUUGGCACCUGAUAUCGAAUCAGUGAGCUCUGGAUAAGUUCUGAUGUCAUAAGUUAACUAUUGUACCCUCUCUUGAGCUGGGUUUGGUUGAUGUUUGAUGCACAGAAAAGAGAAGGAAUUUGAUCAAAGCGAAGAAGAACUCUGGAAGACAAGAACUGGAAAAAACGGGUGAAAGAGGCUAAAUGAAAUAAAUGAUGUUUUCUCUAACCUAUCCAACACAAUCCAAACCAGAUCUUUGUCCAGAACAACUACAACACAGUGUUGUCUGAUCACUGAUUUUAAAAGAGUUAAAUCCUGCUCCUUCACCACCCCUUCCCGUCGUCAUCCCCCUCUCCCUUGUUGUUCCUCUCUUCCCUUUGUCAUUGAUCUCUCCGUCCGCUAUCUUCCUUUUCUCGCCCACAUUCUACUCAUGGUGUCUCAACGGACCCUCUCUAUUGGCUGCUGAUGCCUGUUCUCCUAGUCUAAGAGCACCGCAUUCAUACAGCAGCCAAACCUCUCCAUACACUCCUUCUAGUCUUUCAUCCACCCAUCCCUCCUUCCACUCUUUCAUAUUCUGUCUCUCUAUAGUUCCACCCUGGCACCCGGCACCAUUCCGUCUAAAGGGGAGGAGGACUUUCUGACCCUGGCCUCCUCUCGUCUCAGCCGCUGGAAGUGUGUCAUCGGAGCCGCCGUGGGCGUGGCCAUGGUCCUACUCCUCCUGAUCGCCAUCCCCCUAUUGGUCCACACCACCAAAGGGGGAGGAGCUAACCCAGGAAGUGGCGGAGGGGGGACCCAUUAUGAGAUGCUGGGGAGCUGCAGAAUGGUCUGUGACCCAUAUAGUACUGCCCAACCAGGCCAGGAGCUGACAGCCGUGUCCCCCCAACCGGACUACCCUGGACGGAAGAAAACGGGGUACAGCGGGGUCCCUGGGAUCUCUGGUCCUCCAGGUGCCCGAGGGCCCCCUGGGGAACCAGGCAAGCCAGGCCCACAGGGGCCUCCCGGCCCUGGACCUAAUGGUUACGUCCCCUCCUUCUACAGCCCCAAGAUUGCCUUCUAUGCAGGGCUAAGGAAACAGCACGAGGGCAGCGAGGUGUUGAAGUUUGAUGAUGAGGUGACCAAUGUAGGGAACUACUAUGAGCCUAGUACUGGGAAGUUCACCUGUCCUCUACCAGGUAUCUACUACUUCACCUACCAUGUUCUGAUGAGGGGCGGAGAUGGGACCAGCAUGUGGGCCGACCUGAAGAAGAAUGGACAGGUAGGAGAGAGAGAGUGUGUGCAUGUGGGUGUGCGUGUGCGUGCGUGCAUGUAUGUUUGUUUGUCCGAGCAACACAUCUCCAUUGACCAUUGCCUCAGAAUCACUAAUUGACUCACUUUCACCUUUGCUAUACAUCAUCGGUCACUUUCAAUUCACAUCACAUUUCCCUGUAUCUAUGGGCCGCAGCAACACGGCAGCAAAAUAUAGAACUAAGAAAAUAUAUUCCCUCAUUAAAGAGAAGUCAUGCUUUAAAAUCACCAUUUACACUUUAAAAUCACAGCUACUAAUAUUUGCAUUCCCACAAGCCAUAGCCAAAUGACAAGUGGCAGUAUGCUGCCGUCGGUCUUCGCCAAAGGAAAGUAAAAUGAGUCGAUAUCAUACACCAGGUCUGCGUCCCAAAUGGCACCCUAUUCCCUAUAUAGUGCACUAUAUAGGGCCCAUAGGAAUAGGGUGCUAUUUGGGAUACAGGCUGUCACUAUGCGGACGAGUCAGCUUACACGUCAGAUAGAUAAAUAAAUAAUGAAAGUGAAACUGACAGGCCACUCAUCCACUCAUCCCUCGUUCCCUGUUCUCUCUUUCCCCUGGUACUAAUUAAAGAUAGAGGGCCUGAUGGUGGGAAGAGGAACACAUAAUUGGAGAGGAAAAGAAGAGGUGUGGGAUAAAUCACAGGGAUUUAAUUUGAGGACUUUAACACGGCUAUGUUUUCAUCUUAAUUAAUCAGACAGUCACCUUACUCUUUCUUUUAACAGUGUGGCAUUUAGUCCUUUAAAUGUGUCCAAAGCCUGAGUAAAUGUAUUUGGCUACCAGUUAGCGAUAUCAGAUAUAUUGUCAUUCCAGUCAUCUCAUCACCCUGUUAAAUCAUUCAUAACUCCUAGAUUAGAUCCCCUGAAACACCACCCCCACCCCCCCACUCUUGCCUCCGCUCUACCCCCCCGUAUGCCCCUCUCCUGCCUCUACCACCCUCUACCCCCUCCUCUGCCCCACCUCCCUCUACCCCUUCUCCUCCACUUCUACCCCCCUCUCCCUCCACUCGUCCUUGUCCAUUGAUUGUCCAUAAAUUAUAGUUUCACUCAACUCAAUUAUUUAACGUCACAGAGACCCAGGUCCAUCUCACAACCAUCAGGUGGUCCCAUUUAUUUUAACAGUUUAUAUAGAGAUCAGAUCUCAUAUUAGAAAUCAGUUUAAAGGGACACUUCACCACUUUUUACCCUCAUAUUCAUUAUCUCCAGCACAAUAUUAGUGUUUAUGUUCCACUCUAAAUAUAAGAAGAUAUUUUUCGAGUUACCUUGACUGCAGCCUAGUCGAUUCCCCAGACAGUUUUUUGGGAUGUGUAUUUCGCUUACUUAAUCUCGGAAACCCAGAGCUAAAAUCUUGCCUAGUUGCAUCUGAGGAUUUGUCCAAAUGGUCAGUGAUGAAAAACCAGCACACCAGGACAAUGUUUCCUUUGUUAGUUGUUGCUUCCCACAGUCUGUUGACAGACGCCACGAUACCAUUUAUGUUACAUGCAUCUGUCCACGUGAGAGAUUAGAUGUAUGUAGAUAGAAGUGUGGUGUAAAUGAAUCACUACUGUUCUGCUGUGUGGUCUUAUUCUUGUAAAAGUUGAAAUUGGAGUUGGAGAUCAUUGAUUAGAAAUGCCUGACCUGUGUCUAUUAAUUCCCGUCUGUCACAUAAACUGAUUGAGAUGGUGGUUGCCUGACCAAGAAUAAAGUAAUGUCCUUUUGAACUCUGUAUGCUGUCUCGUGUCCAAGUCUUAUCUUUCUUUUACCUGAUGUUCACUCUUCGAACCCUCCAAAUGGUGCAUUACAUUCUGAACAACUGAGGCAGAAGAGCUCUAUGCCUGAGGCUAUAUCCCUGUCAGUCGAUUGAUGGUACAGUAUGUACAAAAUGGCCGCUGUGUCCAACAGGCUGUAUUCCUUCUGACUUUAGAGUCAAAGGACAUCUUCUUCCAUUGCUGCAGGUGCAGCAGUAUUGCAACUUUGUGAGAAAGUUGUGUGUGUCCCAAAUGGCAGCCUAUUAUCUAUAUAAUGCACUUUUGACUGCAGCCUAUAGGGCUCAAGUAGUGUACUAUAGGGAAUAGGGUGCCAUUUGGGAUGCGCCCUAUAGUGUCUGUCUAUAGCCGUGGGUUUAAAGGUUCAUAAACACAAAAUAUCAAAGUUGUGAAAAUUCAUUCUUCAUAACCACAAGGGCACUGAGCUGGUCUGAAAAUAUCAACUUGGAGAAAAUGCGUUCCAUCCUGAAAAUCAAUGUGAACACCCACACACCCACCAUGCUUCUCUCAUUUAUGGUGCUACAUUAUAACUACUUCUUACUCAUAAUUUACAUAGUUACAUUCUGUUUCCAGACACCUGCUGAUGACUUUGUACAUCUAUCAAUGCCUCAAUUAUUUUCCAUGCUCUGGUCAGUGUCCGUAUGGUAGUUGUUUCUAAAUGAGACGCAGGUCACGGAGUCUACACUGGACAUGAAGCAUGUCUACCUCCAGCCAGCCAGCUAGAGGUUCAGUUAAGCCCUGUGUGGCUGUCCAGUGUCAACUCUAAGGCAGAUUAAUUAAGUGUGUGUGUGUGUGUGUGUGUGUGUGUGUGUGUGUGUGUGUGUGUGUGUAUGGAGCUAUGGCUAUGGCGCCCAUACGGCUACAGUCUACUGGUCAAACUUUAUUACAUCUUAGAUAUGUUAUAGAGUCAGCGACUGUAUGUGGCUGUUAGUAGUGGUGUAUAUGCUAUAUGUGGUGGUUAACAGUUUAAAAACCAAUCAGAUUAAUUAACUGAUUCAUCCACUCCACUGUAGAGGUAAUAUAUUCUGUUACCAUAACAUAAACAUAGAUUUGACCAAGGUAAUGAUAUAUACACAAUAAAUAUAUGCUAAAUAUAUUUACUCUUAGCAAUGUGUUUUCUCAUAUAUCAUUUAAAUAACAACAACGAUUGAUUGUCAUCUGUAAAGGUUAGCUGGUCAUUCUGAUAGACGUCCGUAGUGACAAGCCAAUAUUACAUUAGCAUCUCAUGUUGCUGGUGACCGUGAUGCUGUGUUACUGUGACUUCCCAUUGACACCCAGCAUAUGUCAUCCUCCGCAUUAUUUUGGGCAAACUGGGAAGUGGUGCUUUGUUCCUCAGGCAUAUAGUCUGCACUUAAAAACGCUGGAAUGUGGCCACUUUUGAUUCAGCAUUCACCUCCGCAUUAUUUUGGGAAGGGGAAUUUUUCCCAUGAUUUAUUGCAUUAAAAACCUGAAUUUGUGGGCACUUUUGGGAAUUUGCUCCAAGCAUUCAAAGGAUAUUUCAUUAUGUUUGACUAUUUUACUGAUGUUAUUAUGCAAGAUAAACAGAUGGGGGGGGCUUUUAUGAGAAAUUUUGAAUUUGGGGAAAGGUUUUUGGGUUGCUAUGUUGCGGUAAGGGAAAGAAGAGAGAGAAACAGAGGAGGAGAGAGGAUAGAAGGAGAUGAUGUGAGGUGGGUUGAUGGAGCAGAGAGAGAGCGAGAGAGAGAGAGAGAGAGAGAAGAGAGAGAGAGAGAGAGAGAGAGGAGAGCGAGAAGAAGAAGAGAGAUAGAAGGGCUGGAGAUCAGGAGAGGAGUGAGCUCCUCCAUGUCUCCUCACUCUGACUCUCGCUGAGAGCUCCUCGUUCCCCUGGGCUUUCUUUCCCAAUCUUUGGCUUCCUCCCUUUGUUGGGCCGCCCACACUGAGCUGAUCUUGGGCUGUGAGGAGCAAUGGGGCCCCUGGGGCCAGCCUAGAGCUGGGGCUGUCUCUCGCGCUGUGUCUGGCUGGGUCUGGCCCUUUCAUCACAGAGUCUCUGGUAAACGGUCCUGGAUAGGAGGGAGGGAGGGAGGGAGGGAGGGAGGGAGGGGAGGGAGGGAGGGAGGGAGGGAGGGAGGGAGGGAGGGAGGGAGGGAGGGGGAGCAGCUGCACUGUCAUUUCAUAUACAACCUGGGAUGUGUGAAUGUGUGUGUAGAAAGAGACAGACAAGGGUAGACGAAAGGAGAAAGAGAAAACAGAAGGAGGGUGAUGGUGAAAGGACGGCUGGGGGUGGCUAGGGUAACAAACUGAUCAAGCAUGGCUAUUCUGUGAAACCAGCAGGGAGAUGUGGGGGUAUACAAAGUCUUGUUUUUAUCUGUAGUGCCUUGGUUCAGUGGUGAUAAAACUGACAGGAUUCAUUGGCAGUGAUAUACUGACCUAUUAGAGCGAAGCCAAUAGAAAAGUAGCUCUUAAACUUACCUAGGGGACUCUCUCUCUCUGCUGCAGUAGAAAUAAAAAAAAAUUAUUGAAAAGGUUUUCGCUACCCCAAGAGGACUCUUGGUUGGGUAUUAGAGGGAAACAAGUUACUUUAGCAUUGCACUGUUUUCUAGAGUUUUGUUGGCAUUUUACAUGAAUGAGGGUGAGUGCCAACAACAUCUAGUGGACUACCUUCUUAUAAAUACAGUUUACUAUGUAAGUGGCAUUACUGUGAUAUGCAAAAUAUCUCAAUUUGCAAGAUAUUAUACUUUGGGAUAAAUUGUAAAUUUUGAUAACAUAUGGUAAGGUUUCUCUUCUUCUUCUCACGGUGUGUUUUUGGUAUUUUACAUAAACAGUCUUAUACAAUAACAGUCUAGACUACUAGAUAAGUACAUGUAAUUAAAAUCAAAUAACAGCCUUAUUCUAAAAUGGAUUAAAUUAAUUGUUUUCCUCAUAAAUCUACACACGAUACCCCAUAAUGACAAAGUGAAAACAGGUUUUUAGAAAUUUCAGCAAAUGUAUUAAAAAUAAAAAACAUAAAUACUUAUUUAAAUAAGUAUUCAGACCCUUUGCUAUGAGACUCAAAAUUGAGCUCAGGUGCAUCCUGUUUCCAUUGAUCAUCCUUGAGAAGUAUAUAUAUAUUUUUUUUUUUGGGGGGGGGGGGGGGGGGGGGGGGGUAGAUCAGCUUAAAUAUUGCAGAAAGAUUGUAGUUUCCAUCAAUGCAAUUGUCUGCAUAAUUUCCAAUCCCCCAUAUAUGUUUUUGUUAAUAUAUAUAUAUAUAUAUAUAUAUAUAUAUAUAUAUAUAUAUAUAUAUAUAUAUAUAUAUAUAUAUAUAUAUAUAUAGUACCAGUCAAAAGUUUGGACACACUUACUCAUUCCAGGGUUAUUCUUUAUUUUUACUAUUUUUUACAUUGUAGAAUAAUAGUGAAGACAUCAAAACUAUGAAAUAACACAUAUGGAAUCAUGUAGUAACCAAAAAAGUGUUAAAUAAAUCAAACUAUAUUUUAUAUUUGAGAUUCUUCAAAGUAGCCACCGUUUGCCUUGAUGACAGCUUUGCACACUCUUGGCAUUCUCUCAACCAGCUUCACCUGUUUUUUUGCGCAGUCUGUACACACUACAUCAGUCACUCAUUCACAAUUUGACAAGCACUUGAUCAUGCCUAGAAUUUCACGGCGGCAUCCCCUUUGUGUGGCCGUAAUGCAUCCUAAAGAAAUCCAUGCCUUUUGCGGCCAGUGGCCGUUGUGCCCUUCUCCCUGAGUGCUGUGCGCUCCAUCACGUGAUCGGGUUUUUCUCACAGGCUACAAGUGAAGACAGACACAUCGGGGACGCAACUGCUUUUCCUAGGUGCAUAUUGAAGAUAUUGGAAGAACUGUCCACAUUUACAAUGGGGAAAAAAAGUAUUUAGUCAGCCACCAAUUGUGCAAGUUCUCCCACUUAAAAAGAUGAGAGAGGCCUGUAAUUUUCAUCAUAGGUACACGUCAACUAUGACAGACAAAAUGCGAUUUCAUACGGCCGUGUUAAAAUGUCAGUCACCUGGCCCACUCUGUAAUGACCAGCACCUGUAUUAACUCUAAGUGACAUGGGUUGCUUCCCAAAUGGCAUCCUAUUCCCUAUUUAGUGCACUUCUUUUGACCAGAGUCCAUUAGGGCUCUGGUCAAAAGUAGUGCUCUAUGUAGGGAAUAAGAUGCCAUUUGGGAAGCAACCCAUGUCACUUAGAGUUAAUACAGGUGCUGGUCAUUACAGAGUGGGCCAGGUGACUGACAUUUUAACACGGCCGUAUGAAAUCGCUUGACCUUUCAGGUGAUCUAUUAAAAGAUUAUGGGAUUAAAGAUAAGAAAGACCCAGGGAUAGAUUAAAUCAAAGGGAAUAAUGGCAGCAUGUCCAUAUUGCACAUUGUAUUGAGGUCCCCACCACUUCGCCCCCAUUAUUUCCAGAUAAUGUACAGAUCGUCAGCGUGGGACUAUAAAUUAAUCGAUUAAUGAAAGCACCACCACAAAGUUAAUGAGGGGUUAGGGGAGAUGUUGCGCUUAAGAAGUAUAGCAUGACAUACAGUAUAACCCCUCCGUGAUAUAUUCUAAAGCAUGGCUGCAUUAGUAUAGGCAAGACCAUUGAUGGCAAGGGCAGGGGAAAAACUGCUGUCACUAUGUCACCACCAUGUCACCACCAUAACCUGUAGCUCCAACCACAUGUCAUGUCCCCUAACAGCAAUGAGGAAAACUACCACAAACACAGACACAUACAGGUGGAGUUAACAUGGGAAAUAUCCCCUGGAGGAAUCACAUCACAUGACAGUCUCUGGAUUAAUUAAUGAGUAUACUGAUUUCACGUAACUCAAACAGACAUCGAUAUUUAGUACACGAAUACAACGUCUAGACCAGGGGUCUCCAACCCUGCUCCUGGACAGCUACCCUCCUGUAGGUUUUCGCUCCAACCCCAGUUGUAACUAACCUGAUUCAGUUUAUCAACCAGCUAAUUAUUAGAAUGAGGUGUGCUAGAUUAGGACGGUAGCUCUCCAGGAACAGGGUUGGAGAGCCCUGGUCUAGACCCAUUCUCUUUUUCUCUCUCUAAUGCCUUGUUCACUUGUCUGGCCAUCAUGACAUGUUGCAUGUCUUGUCUAUACAUCUGUCUUGUGGUGUGAUCUCAGUCUGGCCCUCACACCGCCCGUCUCCCUGUUGCCUCGUCCCUCAGCCCACACAUCUAUCUUCCUCUCCUCAUUCCCUGAUUUCUUUCUCUCUUUAUGUCAACCACCGUGUCUUCUUUUGCCAUCCUUUUACUGUCAUGUUUUCUAAGUGGUACGUCUCUGUCAUGUUCUUUUUCUUUCGUCCUCCAUUGCCCUGGCUCACUGUAGGACUAUCCUUCCUUUAUGAUAUCCCUCUACCUAUCCCUCUGACUGCCCACUGAGCAUAGAUGGUGUAAAAAAAAACAUUCAAACUUACAAACAAGCUCGUCUCAAUUCAGACGAUAUGGUCUGCAGGUAGCCUAGCGGUUAGGAGUGUUGGGCCAGUAACUGAAAGUUUGCUGGUUUGAAUCCCCAAGCUGACUAGGUGAAAAAUCUGUUGAUCGUGCCCUUGAGCAAGGCACUUAACCCUAGUUGCUCUGGAUAAGAGUGUCUGCUAAAUGAUGUAAAUGUCUGUUGAGUAUGACUUAUACAGAAUGUGGAGCCAAUAAUCAGUGUUCUCUUCUCAGUGUCCGCCCUGAGAUUGGAAGGUUGGGGGUUGAAUCCCCGGUCAUAAUAAAGACUAAAAAUGGGACCCAAUGCCUCUCUGUUUGGCACUCGGCAUUAAGGAGAUGGAGUAAGGGGUAAGGCACUAUGGGCCAUUCUGGCUCAGACAAGGCUUACUUACUAAUGAUUAGCCAGGUAUGUACACUCUUAGAAAAAAGGGUUAUUUAGCUGUCCCCAUAGGAGAACCAUUUUUGGUUCCAGGUAGAACCCUUUUGGGUUCCAGGUUGAACCCUUUUGGGUUCCAUGUAGAACCCUCUGUAGAAAGUGUUCUACAUGGAACCCAAAAUGGUUCUACCUGCAGCCAAAAAGGGUUCUUCAAAGAGAAGAUGAAGGUUCUAGAUAUCACCUUUUUUUCUAAGUUUAGCAUAUAGAUAUCAUAAUGCACCUUGUUGGAGAGAAGGACAUAAAGGCUCACACGUGCUUAUAAAGCAUUAUUAUACCUGUCAGCCUUAAGUAAAGUGUUACCAAUGACACAGUAAAGUGAUGGGAUUGAGAGUCAUGAUGUUAGUUGAGCUGCAGAUCAUAUUCUGAGCCUCUCGUGUUGUGUGGUGUCUUGGAGAUGUGCGUCGGUUGUCUGGAGAGCUGACAGAGAUUGAGUGGUCUGUGCUCAGUGCUGUGGCUGCCUGGACAUGGAGCCUGAUAGAUCCACUGAUGCCAGACAGACAUAUGUCUACUGAGUUGAGAUAUAAAUCUUAUACACUCACUCCUCUCUUUUUUUAAGACUGUGAUUAUAAGAUAAGAUGUACUUUAUUGUCCAUGAACUUGCAGAGAACAGAAAUGUGUAUCACACAGCUCGCAAACCCAUGCAUACCCCAAAAGACAUGCCACCAGAGCUCUCUUCACAGUCCCCAAGUCCAGAACAGACUAUGGGAGGCACACAGUACUACAUAGAGCCAUGACUACAUGGAACUCUAUUCCACAUCAGGUAACUGAUGCAAGCAGUAGAAUCAGAUUUUAAAAAACAGGUAUAAAUACACCUUAUGGAACACCAGGGACUGUGAAGAGACACACACAAGGAUACAGACACAUGCAUACGCACACAUUGUGAUAUUGUUGUAUGGUGGUAUUAAACAUGUUGUAUUGUAGAUAGGAAGUGGUGUAAUAAUGUCAUAUGAUGUACUGUUUUAUAUUUUGUUUUAUAUGUAAUGUAAGUGCUUUAAUAUGUUUGAACCCCAGGAAGAGUAGCUGCUGCCUUGCUAAUGGGGAUCCCUAAUAAAUACAAAUAAAUAAAAAAGCACCAUAAGAGAAGUAGAGCUGAUCACACACACUCUUAUUGAUCAUCAGAGAGCAGCUGUAGCUGUGUAUGGGGCUCUCAGGCAUAUGUAAUGAAGCAGAAGGCUGAUUGGCAAGUGUAGAAUAGAUGAAGAAGCGGUUCACAUGGGACGAUGGGUAGUCUAUGGGGAUGGAAGUCAGCCAGUCAGGCAGUCAGAUCCAGAAACAGAAACAGUAUCUUCCACCACCAGCUAUUGACCUGGCCCCGGUUUCCCGAUGGAACUUAGGCUUACAAGGGUUUUAACGAUACAUCUUCCCUACAAUGGCCGAAGGUGUAACAUACGUUUCCCAAAACACUGCGCAGAGAGAACGUGUGUCGAUACUGAUAGGAUCGAAAGAAAGGCAACGCUGCUCUCGGAUCAGCUUUCUCCAUUCAAAUCUUACCUUAACAUUAGAAUUGUUCCACAAUACUGACGACGGAUCAGCUCCUAGAAAGAUAUUAUCACCUAUGGCUGCAAAUAUUGAGGCGGCUUAUUCUAACCACAGACAUUAAAACCAGUAGAUAGUGAUAGUGCUGACAUCAUCCACGGAUUCCUAUGAAAAACUCCCGAUGGCGCAAUGAAGCCAGAAGUAUUUGAAUUUGAAGGGCGCCAUAUUUCUGAAUGGGGCUGAAUGGCACCAAAAAAUUGCUAAGGAUCAUGGUGAAAGUGGCCGUAACUAGCAAAGGAUCAUGUUCAAAGUAGUCGUUUUCUUCCUGCCUGAGAGAGUAAAUUUAUGAGCACACCACACCCCCUUAGGCCCCUUUCUAGUGCAGACCAGGGUUUUGGCACCGCUAGGUUGCUACACAGUAGCCGACCAACAGAACUCGUGACUUCACGCUCCAAACCGGACACUGGGGGCCUGAUUCUAACCCUUACCCUAUAAUAAUACACUAAAUCAAGAUUUAGCACAUCAUUGCGCAUGUUAGGCCAUACAUCAUGAAAUAUAUUGAGAUAAAUGAGCCUACAGACAGUAGCCAACAAGUAGCAAAAUAGAACUCAAUUGAUUGAACAUUAAAUGUAUUUCAAUAUAAUUGAAAUAGACCUAUAGCCUACUGUAUUUAUAUUUUAAUGCAGUCAUCUCAGUUUUAAUUUGAAGCAUUUAAAAAAUAUAUAAAUUGAAAGACAUGGGCAACUUUGUGUUUGUAGUCAACUUUGUUCUGAAGUUAUCAGUGGUUACAGAGAGGCAGAUAAACCAUGUGAUUAUAUGUUUAGUGGAGAUCUUCUGUGUAUCAAGUGACGUGGGAGGGCAAAAAAGCAUCUAACGACGCACUUAGCUGCUCUACGAGUGGUCUGAGGAAGGCGUUAGAUUCCGAGCGUUUUCACGUGCAACGUUAAUAACGAUGGUUUGGGAAACAGCUCGGAGAUUUUACGAUGCUCCUACGACGGUUUUAACAAUGAACUUAGCCUUAAGAUGCUUUUGGGAAACAGGGCCCUGUUGCUUUAUGAUGCUAGCCUAGUGCUAGAUGCAGAGCUCAAUAUGCAUGGUAUUGACUGGCUGUCUGCAUCUCAAAUGGCAACCUAUUCCCUUUAUAGUGCACAGCAUUUGAUCAGGGCAAGUAGAACUGUGGUCAAAAUGUGUGCAGGGAAUAGAGUGCCAUUUAGGGCGCAUCUGCUGUCACAGGCCCAGCCUGAGCCUCAGACAGAUUCUCAUUUGCAUGCUGUUGGGGAGCUCAGUCUGUAUUGACCCGCAGGCAGUGGAUCAUUACUUGUUUGUUAACACAUUUAAUUGGGUUUACUCAUGUGGACACGUAGAUACACGUGUAUGAAUUAAGUUACUAUUACAAUUGCCUAUCUUAAAGUUAUAACCUUGAUGGUUUUAACUCUAUUUCAAUCCAUGACAUUUGCUCUGUCUGUUCUGUCCUUCCCCUAACUGUCCCUCUGUCUUCCCCUCUGUAUGUGCACACGUGUGUGUGUGUAUAACAGGUGAAGGCCAGUGCCAUUGCCCAGGAUGCGGACCAGAACUACGACUAUGCGUCCAACAGUGUGAUCCUGCAUCUAGACGUGGGGGACGAGGUGUGUGUACAGCUGGACGGGGGGAAGGUCCAUGGAGGAAACACCAACAAAUACAGCACCUUCUCUGGGUUCCUCAUCUACCCCGACUGA